CUUAAACUAUGAAAUUUAGAUAAAAGGCUGAAUGCACUUAAUCACUGCCUCAGAUUUCAGUAUAAAAGUAAUAUCGUUACUUAACUGAAAAAGAGGAGGAAGAAGAUUUGGAUUUGAGUUUUGAAAUAAGUUCUAGCAAUUUGAGAAGUACAAAAUAGGGUUUUUAUAAAUUUAACAAAACAACAGAGAGAAAUUUAGAAUAAAACAAAUUGUUUAAUCGAAAUAAUAAUUUGAAGACAACUUUGUCAUCUUCUUAAUUACCAUAAGGAAUUUAUGGAUUAUCUAAUAAACAAAAGAAUGAUGGUUUACAUUUAAAGUAUAAUUAUAUUAUUAAUAGUCAUAUGAAGUAUGGAGAUAAGUAUAUGAUAAUGAUGGCAAGAGGAUUAUAGGAAUAGAAUGAUAUAAAAGAAUAUAAUUUAAAUGAUAAUAGGAUGACAUAAUUGAGUUCAUCGGAAGUGAUAAAGAGUACAAGAGGAGCAACAAAAUUGAGUUUAUCAAAAAACAAAAUAGGAAAUGGUUGUUUUGAGAUAGGAAAUUCAUUAGUUAGUAGAGAAUGCAAAAUAUAACAAUUAAACUUAGAAGACAACAAAUUAUAAGAAAAUCUUAUAAUUGAUAUCUUAGAAAGAAUAGCAGAUAAUAGAUCAUUAAAAAUUCUAAAUUUGAGUAAAAACAACAUUUCUAAUUAUUGUUUGAAGGCUUUAUCAAAUAUGUUAGUAUAGUAUAAAUGGCUCGUUUUAUAAACAUUUUUUUGA